AUGAGCGAAGGUCAGGCGUAGAAGUAUUUGUUUCAUUUGCAAUUGAAGGACUAGAUGAGAUUUACACAUGUGAAAUCAACAUGACGGUAGAUAUUACGUACGCGCUGAGCAUACAUGUCAUUGUGAUGUAGCUACUGUUCAGUGUCAGUCGUAAGAAAAGAUUCAUAGGGAAUAGUAGAAACCAUGAUUAUUAAUCGAGCUUCUGUGGCGCCUAGAUAAUAAUGUGAAGUAUUUUAAUCGGUUCCGAAUGCUUUUAUUUGCAUUCAUUGUUCCCUUGGAAAAUAGAGAAUUUUCGUCGUGAGGCCUAUUUUUACACACAAUUAAUAAAGGAGAGACUGCAAAAGUAUAUAUAGUAAAAUAGUUUAAAUCAAAUUAUUAAAGUUUUAAAGUAUGUAUUAAAGAGGAUAAGUGGACUUACAUUACCUCAUAUAGUUUAAAAGAAUUAAGCAGUUAUUAAAAAAAUACAAAUGUCUGUAUUAACAGACACAAAACCAUCAUCCAUGCUGCAAACGGCAUCGUCACUUUCAAUGGAAACAAGUACAGAAGUUACAAAGAAACAAGAUAAGAUUAUUGGAAAUGAUGGUAUUUCAAAUGCACAGAGGGUAUGGACAAGUUUGGUGUCUGGUGCUAUUGCAGGUGCAUUAGCAAAGACAACAAUUGCACCCUUGGAUCGCACAAAAAUUAAUUUCCAAAUUUCACAGCAACCAUAUUCUGCGAGUGCAGCAAUUAAAUUCUUAAUAAAAACACUUAAAACGGAUGGUUUACUUAGCUUAUGGCGUGGAAAUAGUGCAACCAUGGUUAGAAUUAUUCCAUAUUCUGCUGUUCAAUUUACAGCUCACGAACAAUGGAAAAGAAUUCUAGGAGUAAAUGGAUCAGAAAGAGAAAAACCAGGACUGAAUUUCCUUGCUGGUGCAUUGGCUGGGAUAACAUCUCAAGGUGCAACGUACCCUCUGGAUUUAAUGAGGGCACGAAUGGCUGUCACGCAAAAAGCUGAAUACAAAACCCUACGUCAAGUGUUUGUACGCAUUUAUAUGGAAGAAGGAAUACUGGCGUAUUACCGUGGAUUCACAGCAACGUUGCUUGGUGUCAUUCCUUAUGCUGGCUGCAGCUUCUUCACCUAUGAUCUUCUGAGGCACUUGCUGACUGUGUACACGGUGGCUAUUCCUGGGUUCUCGACAUCACUGAUUUGCGGUGGAAUUGCCGGAAUGGUUGCUCAGACUAGCAGCUAUCCUUUGGACAUCAUUCGGAGAAGAAUGCAAACUUCAGCAGUCAAGGGAAAGCAUUACCACACAAUUAGUUCGACCAUAAGAAAAAUCUAUAGAGAAGAAGGUCUGAUGGCUUUCUAUAAGGGUUUGAGCAUGAAUUGGGUGAAAGGUCCAAUUGCAGUAGGAAUUAGUUUUGCAACGCAUGAUACCAUUCGCGAUACACUAAGGAAAAUUAUUGCUAGUCCAAGCGACUUAUCGAAUUAAUACUUUGCUACAUGCAGUAGCAGAAAUUAAAAAAAAACAGUUAAUUAAUCAUUAAAAUAGGUUAUCAAAAAUAGCUAAAAAGUGAAUUGCUUUCAUCAUGUGAAAAGUCAUUUAAAAUAUAAAUAUGCAUACACUCUAAUACAGGCAAAAAACAAACUGUCAUACAUAAGGUUGUAUCAUAAAUAAUCUUAUGAGAUUGUACUAUUUUCAAAGUACAACUCUGGAAAGGCAGGGAGUCACUAGUACAAAUUGUUACUGUACAUAUUGUUAUUUGAAAUGUUAUAAAAACUGUUGAACAACUAAAAAUGCAUGUCAAGUAGUUAUGUAUUUAAAUAACUGAAAACGUAUUAUGUAAAUGUUUAUUUUAAACUAUUUACUUAUAUUUGAAAUAUUAUUUGAAUUAGAUUGAUAAGUUUGUGCCAGAAUAUUAUAAGUAUUUUUUAAAUUAUGUAAUCUCCAAAAUAAUUUCAAGAAAAUUAACACAAAAUUGUAUAUUUUUUUCUUUCAAGUAAUGGCGCACUUUAUUUUUUGUAUAUUUUAUCAUGUAUGUUCAAAUAAUUGUAACGAUUGAUUUUUCUAUAAAAAUAUUAAACUCUAUAUAAUGUAGAUAGCUGAAUUCUUUGAAAACAAAUGAUUCUGACAAUAUAAUGUGCAAUAUUAAGGUUUAGCACAAUUAUUUAUAAGGAGGCAAACAGUUUCUACCACUUUUCACAAUAUCUUAAUUUCUGCCAUCAUCUGUAGUAAUUUUAUAUUUUUACGAUGAUCCGUAUUAUUUUAAUCUUGUACAUGCUCAAAAUAUUAAUUUUAAAUUUUAGUAUACAUUAAAAAACAUGUUAUCGUUUAAUCGAUUCCGAUUUUGUCACUUAAUAAAGACGUGAAUUUAAGAAAUGUAUUUUUUAGUAAAGGUUUCUUAUGUAUGCAUUUCUUACUUAAAUGUACUUACAUAAACUAUCUAAUAUAUUUGUAAAAGAUAUUGUCAAAUUGUUACAUUAUAACAUGAAUUUUUACUAAAAUAUAUAUUAAUAGAAAUAAAAUAUCUGUAUUCGCUUAAUUUAACUAUUGUACUAGUAACUAACUUUGUUAUUUAUUACACACAGGAAAUGACUAAUUAGUAAACUAUCAGACUUUUCCUGUUUCGUUUAAAGAUAUCUGGCCAUAAUUGUAGAAAUACCAAAAUUUUUAUAAUAUUAUUUAUAAUAUUUUUUCUUUGUCACAAUUUUUUACUACAAUGCUGCAAAAACGGUAUUCUAAUUAUAGUACAUAUAUAUAUCUAUAAUAUAUAUAUAGUAGGGCAUUCCUUGCCAUAAAUUCACAUAAGAAUUUUAUGUUAUUAUAAAUUUUAUAAAUCAGUAUUUAGUUGUUUCAAAAUGAAAAUUAACAAAAAAAAGUCAUACCCAUAACAAAUUACUUACUUAUUGGUAAGUGGCAUAAAAGCUUAUGGUAUAGCAGUUCUGUUAAUGAAUAUGUAACAAAUGACAAAAUCUAAAAGCUAUGUACCAUUUAUUUUUUAUCUGAUUGUAAAUAAAAUAUAACUUUAAUGGCAAAUAAAAAGUGAUAAAUUAAUUAAAAGUAAUUUUGCUUAAAUAAAAUAUUUAUUUAUCAGUGGUAAUUAAAAUUUUAUAUUUAUUUAUAAUGUAUGACAGGUUAUUGAGGUAAAAGUGUACAGCGUGUAUAAAAAUGACUUGUAAAGAGCACUUUUUUGUGAUUCUACACCUCUGGAUCAGUGCAGAUUUGAUAGAAAAAGUCUGUGCAGUAUUGACCUUGACCUUGAAAUUCAAGAUCAAAUUUUUUGUUAUUGCAAUGCAUUCUAUUCAUUACGAUUCAUUCAUUGCAUUACUCUAUUCAUAACUUUUUCUUGAAAAAGGUUAAAGUCCAAUAAAUUCUAGAAAUCAAUUUUGCACAGAUUUUUUUUUAUCAAAUCUUCACUGAUUCGGAGGUGAACAAUCAUGCUACAAUGUCCUUUACACAUCAUUUUUAUACACCCUGUACUUUAUCCAAAGUUUGUGGAUAUUUAACAUGACAUUUAUGAAAAAAAAUCUAUAACGAAUUUAAAGUAUAAGCAUAAUUGAAUUUUUUAAGAUUUUCAAUUUGUAACUAAAAUUUUUCAUUAAUUUCAAUUUUGAAUAUAAUUAAAAGCCAAAAUUAUUAAGAGUUUUAAUUCUGUGUU